AUGGCAGCCCCGGCGUCGUCGUCGACGACGACGUCUGGGUCGCCGGCCACUACCGCCGGCGGCGGGCGGCGGCCGUACCGGUCGCGGUUCGGCGACACGACGCUGAUGAAGGUGUUCGUGGGCGGGCUGGCGUGGGAGACGCCCUCGGAGGGGCUCCGGCAGCACUUCGAGCGGUACGGCGACAUCCUGGAGGCCGUCGUCAUCACGGACCGCCUCACCGGCCGCUCCAAGGGCUACGGAUUCGUGACGUUCCGGGAGCCGGAGGCGGCGCGGCGCGCGGUGCAGGACCCGAACCCGACGAUCGCCGGGCGGCGCGCCAACUGCAACAUAGCCUCGCUGGGCCCGCCGCCGCGGCCCGCCCAGCAGCCUCGAGGCAGGGGUCCCUACGCGGGACAGGGACCCCACUUGCAGGUCCCGCAAUUCAUCCCCGGGGCGCCGGCCUCUCCCCAGAUGAUGCCCCAGCAGCAGCACGGUGGUGGCCUAGCUGCUAUCUACCCGUCUCAGUUUGGGUACUGGUACCCUCCUGACUUUCAAUACCAACAGGCCCUCGCCAAUCCUCAAGUGCUGCAGAACUACUACGCUCAGCUCUAUGGUCUGACCUCGCCUACGGCGGCGGCAGCCUACCACCAGUACCUCGGGUACGUGGCGCAUCCGCCUCCAACGCCACCAAGGGCGAUACUGCCACCGCCGGCGGCGGCGGCACAGCAGGUCGCCGUGCAACCGUUGGUGCAGCAUCCGCCGCCGGCACAGCAGGUCACGGUGCAACAACCACUGCUGCAGCAUCCACCGGUACAGAUCCAGGCUUCUUUCUUUCCGGCUCCGUCGCUUUCGCACAACUUCAGGCUCCAGCUGCCGCCGCCGCCUCAAGCUAUGCCAGUGUUGCCUCGCAACACAACAGAAUCGCUGCCUGCUGAUCAGGCCGCCGCCUCUGCAGUGCGUGCGACAAAUGCGAGCAGCAUUACAUUACUGCCAUUCACAAGUAUUAUGCACCAAGAUGUGAAGCCCCAUAAUGUUAUGAUAGAUCAUGAGCUUCGGAAACUCCGGCUGAUAGAUUGGGGCCUUGCUGAAUUCUAUUAUCCUGGCAAGGAAUAUAAUGUCCGUGUUGCCUCCAGCUGCCCAUAUGGACAUAUGGAAAGUAUAGUUAAGAUGAAAGUACAGAAAUGGUCCAUGAUGCUUACUAUUCUCGACUAUAUCUUGCAAAGGUAA